AUGGCUGGCGAGGACUCUGGCGAGAACUCUGACCAAGACUCUGGAGCGGACUCUAGAGAGGACCCUGAUCACGAAGGCAAAGUCCCUUCUGACGUAGACAUGGACAAGGAGUUAGACGUCUCCAUCCCCGAGAAAGAUUCGUCGGAUGAUCAGGAGCUUUUCUCUGGUCCCAGUCAUCAAGACCAGAGCCAGGAUGCUAUAGAUAUUCAGGAUGACGAGGAAAUUUUCUCUGAUGACCGUCCCCGAGAUGAGAUCCAGAAAAAUGAGAUUGCCGAUGCCUAG